CUUACAACCUGCUUGUAGUUGUGUUGUUAUCUGUUAUCAUUUCUCUAUUUGAACAUAGAAACAUUUAUUUUAUUUUAAUAAUGAACUCUAAGAAAUUGUUCUAUUUGAAAAAUAAAUAUUAUUUAAAUUACUAAUGAAUACGUACUUUAUUUUGUUUUGAUUUAAGCCUGAAUUUAUUUAAGUUCUUUUACAAGUUAAAAAAUAAUGGGUGAAGAAGAAAUCUCAUUGAUAUAUGGUCUGGAAUUACAGGCCAGAUCCUUAGCUGUUGAAUUAGCCGAAAACGAAGUAACAAGAUUCAUGGUUGGAACUCAGACAUUGAAAACAGCGAACAAUCAGAUUCAUGUUGUCGAAAUUAAUGAUGAGACCACCGUUAUAAAUGGACAGGUUUAUAAUCAUCCUGCUGGUGAAUUAUGGCAUUUGCAUUGGUCUCCUCACGAUUCCCUGAUGUUUUCUUCAACUUUUUCUAAUGUUGAUGAUGAAACUAAUGUUUUAAAUAAAUGUGCUAUUUGGACAUUACCACAUAGUGGGCAAGAGUUAGAAGAAGUUGCUCAGUUCAAAGGAUAUGACAAUGUAAAAAUGUCAGUGUUUCAUCCGACUGAGAAAGAAAAAUUUGCAAUGGUUUGUGAGAAUAAGUUUGUAGUUUGGGAUUUAGGAAAUGGAUCCCCUAAAGAAGUAUUUGAACGAAUCGUUGAUCAGAAAGGCCAUACCAAAAUUACCGGAGGGAAGUGGAAUCCUCAAGAAAGUGGCGCCCACCUUUGCACCUUCCAGGACACCAACGUCAAAGGCUGGGACUUGAGGAGCCCUACUCCAGCAUGGUCUUUAGAUCAAGCGCAUUCGUAUUUAGUGAGAGAUGUCGAUUACAAUAGAAAUCGUUGUCAUACAUUAGCCAGCUGCGGAGACGAUUGCCUGGUGAACAUAUGGGAUCUUCGGAACGCUUCGACCAUGCUGAAGCUUACCGGCCACUCCCAUUGGGUUUGGUCUCUGCGGUAUAACCAUCUUCAGGAUGAAUUAUUGUUAUCUUCCAGCUCCGAUGCUCGAGUGAUCCUGUGGUGGGUUGGAUCCGUAGCUUCGGAACCCAAUGACAGAUACCCUGACGGAAAACUGGUUGACUUUUCCGAUCACGAAGAUUCUGUUUAUCGCCUCGAGUGGUCGAAUGUUGAUCCUUGGUUGUUUGCUGCACUCUCCUACGAUGGACGACUUUUGAUCGAUAGAGUUCCAAGAAAACACAAAUACAACAUUCUCGAUAUUUCAUGAUCUGUUGUAUGCAUUCCAUUUUUGGUAUGAAAGCAGGGAUUGUUUACCAAUUGUUAAUGACUGAGAAAUAUAUUCAAUUUGUAUCAGGUUCAAGAAGUUAUUAAAAUAAAGUUUGGAUUGUAUUAUAAAAGCCAAUAAUUGAUAUGAAUUUCGAAGUCUGUGUUAUUAACAUUUAUUUUAAAGUGAAAUAUGGCUGAACAUCUAUUUGAUGUGUUGUUAUUGUUUCAAAUAUUUUUGUGAUAUUAUAACUUUGUCAAUGUGUUUCUUAAUAUAUUGUUCAUUGUAUGAAUUUUAUCUCAGUCGUGUUCAAUCGACUGAAAAUCAGA